AUGGACUACUCGUAUUUAAAUCAGGCGGCGGCUGCGGCUGCGGCUGGAUUUGAGGCGUCCAGUUGCGCCUUAGCGGCAAGUGAGAUGCAAUGUGGGUACGGCGAUUUAAGUUCCUGUUCGCAAAUGAGCCAAGCGGCUUAUCGAUACACAGCGACACGGGCUGGGUACCCGAGUAAUUCUGGAGGCGCAGGGACCGGAGGUGGGGCGCCUUUAGGGCCCCAUCAUGGGCCUCAUUCUCAUGCCCAUGCGCAUCACGGUGCCCAUGCCACCACCUGCUCUGUGAUGGCAGCUAGGUCCCAGGAAGUACAUCGGCAUGCAACAGCUAUUUUUCCGUCAACCAUCAAUCUUCAAGUGACAACAGAAAUGAAGCUAACUAUGUUGGAUGGAAAUGUUUGUAAAGCUCUCACUGAUACUCCAUCAUCUUCUACUUGCUACAUUUGCAAAGCGACACCAUCACAAAUGAAUGAUCUAGAGCGUGUAAAGCAGAAGAAAGAAAUUGUAUCCAGCUUAGAAUUCGGUCUUUCUACUUUGCAUGCCUGGAUUAGGUUCAUGGAGUGUAUACUACAUAUUGCUUAUCGGUUACAAAUCUGCAAAUGGAGCAUAUGCAAGAAAGAGGAUAAAGAAACGAUGAAAGAAACUAAGAAAAGACUUUGCAACGAAUUUCAAAAGAAGAUGGGGUUAAUAAUUGAUUAA